GGGGGCUCUUCUAUGUGGGAGCUGGACUGGAAGGCAAGAGACUGCUACUCUCCAGCCAGUAGCCAGCAGCCAUAUUUGACCAUGUGGCUGGGCCUGGAUGGAUGCAGGAAGCCUGAAGCGUGAGGUAUCCUUAGAACCCUUUUGUAACUUACUAAGCUUAGAUGUGUCUGCUCUGCUUAAACAUCUGGUCCUGGAGGGAGGCAACACUGUGACCGUGGGUUCCCAGAAAUCAGCUGCUGGCGAUUCAAGCAAGGAAAAUCUGAAAAAGAGAGUCUUUGUGAAGGAAUCAGAUGCCUUUAACUUUUUCAAGAAGAGAGGCAAAAGAGCUACGAAAUCCAGGGAUGAGCUCAAUGUGGAGACCCGUCAGAUGCUGGCUGCUGAUGAACAAAGGAGGGAAUACUACGAGGAGCAGAGGAAUGAGUUUGAGAAUUUUGUUGAGGAGGAACGUGAUGAGCAGGAUGAGAGAAGCCGAGAACAAAUUGAGCAGUGGCGUGAGUACCACUACGAUGGCCUCUACCCACCAUAUUUGUAUAAUCGCCACAUUGUCUAAAGCCAGCUGGAAGAAGGGACUGCACGCAGCAAGAACGGGAAUUGUGGGCUGAUCAUGCCCCUUGGCAAGGACCAUCUCCAAGGCAAAGUUAUUUGUGCCAUGGCUUCCUUACUGAUACUUCUCUGUUGAAUCUGUUGGCAUGGACUGUGCUCCUAGGCUGCUUUGCUUUGUAUUUGAGGUGCCUGCGGAUAGAACCUGGACUUUGAUGCGUACAGCAAACAAAGCAAAAAGGAUAAGACCUGUAUAUAUCUGUGCAGUUUGAUUUAGAGUAAGCUUUUAUUUAAAAUAAUCGUUACAUUUGGAGGGACAACAAAGCUGGUUAGUGGAAGUAAUUGGAGUAUCUGGAGCUUUUUAAAAUUAGAAGGCAAAGAUAUUGUCUUAAUGUUGCAUUUGUUUAAUAAAGGUAUUUUAGCCUAUUGCAA